GCAUGUGGUGCGUCGUUGCUUACCGCGUCCCACACUCUUCUUUCUUUAAUGCUUAGACGAUAAAUUGAGAAAAAAGAGGAAGAAAGUUAUAAAAGAUGAGAGAGAAAGCAUGCAGUAUCCUAGGCUCCCUUUUGUUUCUUUUUCAGUUACUAUUUCCAUUCAUUCAAAAUCUAUCCAUUCAUUUAUUUCCACAUCUUUUUUAAUGCUUUCACUUUAUAUUCAUAUAUAUAUAUAUAUAUAUAUAUAUAUAUAAAUGUCCUUCCACUGCCACACACACAGACAACUCUUAUGCCUCUUCCUCCAAAUCGCUCCAUCCACUCCACUCCUCUUAUCAUUUUAAACAUUGUGCAAGCGAAGCAAAUAGGUUCGGUUGCUUAUUCAUUUUUUUGAUCUGGAUAUCUGGAUAUGGCCAUCGAAGCACAGUUGUAUCCCAACAACUCCCGUUUCCCAUUUAGUGGAUCAAAGAAUUUAAUGAUAAACAAUAUUCAGUCAUGUUUGAAUUCUCAAGUGUAUAGUCCGAAGCAUCAUCAACAUCUACACCAUGCCAGGCAGAUGAAUCCAAACAUGUCUCUUGUUGAUCCGUCUUUCCCUAAUUCGAAUGGCCAGCAGAACGUGAACCCCUUCAAUAACUAUACUUACAACCCUCAAACUUUAGCCUCAUAUCCUCAAGGCUUCUCUGUUGACUUUGAUGAACAGAGGGAGAUUGAUCACUAUAUCAGAUCACAGAAUGAAAAGUUGAGAAUUUUGUUGGAGGAACAAAGAAAACAGCAGGUGGAAGAGUUAUUGAGGAAGGUGGAAUUGAACGCUCGUUAUUUAAUGAGGCAGAAAGAUGAAGAAAUAGCGCAAGCAACAAAGAAAACGUCUGAAUUGAAUGAAUUUUUGAGGAAGUUGGAGGUAGAGAACCAAUCAUGGCGAAGGGUGGCUCAGGAAAACGAGGCUAUGGUGAUGUCUCUUCAUAAUAGCUUAGAACAGAUGAAAGAGAGAGCAGUGUAUGGGGUGACAACAGAAGAUGCAGAGUCGUGUUGCGAUGACAACAUGGGAAUCACGGCAAAGGAAGAAGGAACAGGGGAAAACAGAGUGUGUCCUGGUGGGGCAGUAGAGGUUGAACAAAUUAGGAAAAGGACAAUGAAUUGCAAAUGUUGUAAUUCUCAGAAAUCGUGUUUUAUGUUUCUUCCUUGCAGGCACCUUUGUUCGUGUAAAACUUGUGAGUCUUUUCUCCAAGUUUGUCCUGUUUGUAAUGUGCCCAAAAAGUCCAGCAUAGAAACUUUAAUCCUAUAGUCUUAAUGUUUUAUAUUUUCAUUUAGAUAAUUUUAUAGAAAAAUGUUUAUUUUAUUAAGAAUUUGUACCUUUUUUUAAUAUAAAAACAUAUACCUUUUU